AUGAUGAUGAUGAAGAAGGUCUGUAACUCUGCAAAAAUGUGCGUAGUAAUGCUUCUGAUGAUGAUGAUGCUGCUUUUGGGAGAAGCAAGUUUGUCGAUGACAGCAGUUAGUUGCAAUGCGAUAGAGCUGUCUCCUUGUUUACAAGCAAUGACCUCCAACUCUCCUCCAUCUGAGACUUGCUGCAACAAGUUGAAGGAACAAAAGCCCUGCCUUUGCCAGUAUGUGAAGGACCCUAAUUUGCACAAGUACAUAAACUCUCCCAAUGCCAAGAAGGUUGGCCGUACCUGUGGGGUCCCCAUCCCCAGUUGCUAGAACC